AAUCAGGGUUCCCCAAUAAGACACCCCAGCCACAUCACUCCCUUAUUGAUCUCACAAUCAACAAACCCCAAAACACACCUUGCACUGGCCCUAGUACCUCUUCUUUGCCACUGUUUUGGACCUCCAGCCUCAACUCAGCUUAAAAAGAACCUCAAAUGCUCCUGCUCCACUGGUGGCUCCUGCACCUGCUGUAGCUCCUGCAAAUGCAAAGAGUGCAAAUGCACCUCCUGCAAGAAGAGCUGCUGCCCCUGCUGUCACGAGGGCUGUGCCAAAUGUGCCCGGGGCUGUCUGCAAAGGGGCAUCGGACAAGGGCAGCUGCUGAGCCUGAUGUUGGGAAAGCCUGCACCCAGAUGUAAAUAGAGUAACAUGUACAAACCUGCAUUUAAAAUUUUUCCCUUCUACCCUGACCUGCUUGCUACAUUCCUGUUGCCAUGAAAUAUUUGUAUGAAAAUAAACUCAUCUAGACAAAAAAAAAAAGCCUCUUUAUA